AUGGAGAACAACCGCAGUCUUGCGGUUCGCGGUGCGAGCGAAGCCGGCGGUGGAUCAGGGUCUUCAUCGAGGAAGCGGACCUCAGACGUUGGGGGCGAGCCAUCGACCAGCCGGCGCAGGACAAGAGAACCAUCACCAGAAGACGAUGACCAGAGCGAUGUCGAAGAAUACGACCCGCAGCAGUCGAUGCAACAACGUCGCCGAAUCCAAAAGUCCAUGCGCGACCUCCAAAAACAGAUGCAUGAGAACCCCGACGAAUUCAUGCAGUCCGAUCCCAAAGCCCUAUUACAAUAUCUCAAUGAGUCGGACCGGCUCAUCAAAAACGUCAAGCAGACGGCCGAGGCGGCCAUCGAUGCGCGGGGCUUGGUGAUCGCGGCCGACCUUUCCGCCCGGCGGGUCCAGCGACUGACUUCGGGAAACGUGACGAAUGGAGUGGACGUGGAUGAGCUUGUCUCGAAAUGCAUCACCUACAUGUUGCAGGGGCGUGGGAUCGACGAUGACAGGGCGGUGGAGCUCUCGAGCACACAGAGGAGGAGGCGCCAACCGGACCGUGGCGCUCUGGGGAGUGAUGAUGAGGGAGAGGUGGGGGAUGAUGGCGACAUGUUGAACUGGGCUCACCUCGGGCGGUUCGCAUGUAUACCCGCCGUCCGCCGGCCUGCGCUCCCUGGGUUUCUUUUAGGCCCCUUAUCUAUCGAGAAGAAGGCCCGCAAAAUUGCGAAACGGUCGGCGCCGUUCAAGGUUAACAACCUGCGGGAGGUUCGGCCGGAAGAGCUAAGGGCGGAAGACUUGAGGAGAUCGGAUAAAAAUGAUCUCCCCUCCAUCUGCAGGAAAAUCUAUGUGCGGCUGCAGGCGGCGCAGCAGGAAGGGCAGGACAAGUUGGAAGAAGAAUUGAGUGGGGUCCCGCCAGAAGAGGAGGCUGAGGUCGAGCGGUCGUUGAUGGAACAAUACGCGCUACAUGAGAACGGAGGUAUCGGUCUCUUGCGAUUUGUUGUCAACCCAGAUUCAUUUGGGCAGACGGUCGAGAACAUGUUUUACGUCAGCUUUUUGAUUCGGGAGGGGAGUAUAAAACUCGAGUUUGAUGAGGAUGGACUUCCAACGAUAGAACCGGUUUUACAAAACUCGUCGGCGGAACCGAGCCGCCCCAAGGCCGCCAUGAGACAUCAGGCUAUCAUGUCUAUCGAUAUGGCGACCUGGCGGGAUAUCAUUGAGGUUUUCGACAUCAAAGAACCUAUGAUUCCGAACAGGGAAGAGGAUGCUCAGCCAGGGCCGGGUGCUCGGGGCUGGUACAGCUAG